AUGAGUUCAUCAACAACGCAAAAGUUUCGUGAAUUUAUGGCCGAACCUAUCGGUGACAAGAGUAUUCGAGAUGUUCCAGGUAUCGGUGAUGUCCUUGGAACGAAAUUAUCCGACGCUGGUUACGAAAGAGCCUAUACUUUAUUUGGCAAAUAUCUCUUGUGUAAUAAAGAUCUUGAAGAAUUUCAAGACUGGAUUCAGACACAAUGUGGUGCAAAUAGUCAUCAAGCCAAAUCGGCAGCACAAGCGUUCGCCGAUUGGGCUGAAGCAUUUAUUUAA